GCCUCAACCAGUGCGUCGAUGAUUUCGGCCGGGUGGGGGGAAUAUGUGGGCGCCCACUCUCUCCACCUCCACACCAUGGCGCCCACAAUAUAGUGCAUGCUCAACUGCAGUAGGCAGAUGCGUGCAUAAUUGGUGCUGUUUUGGUCAUCGGAUCCUUGAGACUCAGAAUAUUACACACCUGAUGCGAUCGAUUUUAAGCUCGUGUCGUGGCACAUUAGGUGCGAUUGAACAAGAUUAAAUCAGACAGGUCAACCGCCGACGUUUCCAGUGACUUACCAUCAAGAUCAUCAUGUCUACCACUACAACCAUCACUCAGGCACCAGAGCUUACUACUAAGCUGGACCGACCUAGUCUUGGUGGCCCCAAUGCCAUGCGUCUGGAUGGCUUGGACCCCAAGUGGGGAGACUUCAGAGAUGACCUUGCCCGAGAUGGGUAUGCCGUUGUGAAGGGCGCUGUGCCACGUGAGAGAGCUCUCAAAUAUACAGAGGAUAUGUAUUCCUAUCUGGAAGGAUUCGAGCUUGGCUACAAGCGUGACGACCCUUCAACUGUCUCCAAGGCCACCCUUCCCGUUAUUAACGAGAAGGGUAUGUGUAUGCACUACUGCAUUGGACAUGAAGAUUUCGUCUGGAAUAUUAGAAGCGAGCCCGGGGUAAUUGAAGCGUUUGAGAAGGUCUACGAUGAUAAGGAUCUGAUUGUCUCUUUCGACGCGGUGAAUUUCGCACUUCCAAACCGGAAGGAUAUGCCCCCCAACAAGCCGUGGCCUCACCAAGAUCAGGAUCCCAAGAAGUCGGGAUUCCGUUGUCUGCAAGGCCUUGUCAACAUCCUCCCAAAUGGACCCAAAGAUGGCGGAUUGAUCGUCUGCAAGGGUGCUCAUCUUCUUUCGGAUGACUUUCAUCGAGAAUUUGCGGAUGAGCCUCGUAUUCCAGCAUGGACGACUGAAUGGUUUGGGUACACCGAAGCUGGCCUGAAAUGGCUUGCUGAUCAUGGCUGCGAGUGGGUCAAGAUUGAUGCCCAACCUGGUGACUUGCUCCUGUGGGACUCUCGUACCCCCCAUUAUAACCUGAGUCCCUCGAGUGAUCAGGCUCGAUUCUGCAUUUACACCUGCUAUAUGCCCGUCUCAUCUGCCACACAGGAAGAUCUCUUGAGAAAGAAGAAUGCCUUUCUCACUUGGCGUAUGACCAGUCACUGGCCCAAUGCUAAGGAAUUUGCACCUAUAGUUGCCAAGCGUGAUGGGAAAGAUUGUCCAGUCAACCGUCUGGAACCUGUUCACAAGCCUGUUCUUGGUGAGCGUGCCUUUAAGUUGACCGGUAUUCCUUACAUCAGGGCUUAAGAGCUUGAGAUGGACAUGCUGUGGCCCUUUUGUUGGAGACACGAGUUGAAUUCCGAGACGUUUCCUGUAUGUUUCCAGAUUUCAUGAGUCGAUGAUGUUCAAG